UUUGCAUAAAUGUCAUUACACCCAACAAACUCUUUUUUUUUGCUUUCUUUCUUUACAUUUGCCCUUCAUUCUGCCCUGUUUUAAUUUUUGUUUUGGUCCUUCCUUUACAUUGAUUUCAGUUUUGCUUAAAGGCCAAACCAAACAAAGAAGAGUCCUCCCUCAAACCCCAAGGACAGGACAGGGCCUGUGAAGUUUUCCCGUCAAAAAGCUUUUCACUUUCUGUCACAUGACGGAUUUCCAAAUCCCAAUGGCCGUCGAGCCAAACGGCGUCCCGUUACUUACAAAUGACGCACAAAUUCCCGUCCGCCUGAAGCAGGAGGAGACGACGACGACAGCAACGAUUGUGAGCAACAGUCUGUCAAUUGACGGCAGUGACAGCCAGGACAAGGCUCCCAGGUUGCCGAGGUGGACCAGGCAGGAAAUUCUGGUGCUGAUCGAGGGUAAAAAGGAGAUUGAGAGCCGAGGGAAGAAGCCCAGAGUGGUUGUAGAUGGGCAGGUGAAUACAGAGUCAAAAUGGUCUGCGAUUUCCAAUUAUUGCAAGCAGCAUGGGGUAAACAGGGAGCCAGUGCAGUGCAGGAAGCGGUGGGGGAAUUUGUCCGGGGAUUAUAAGAAGAUUAAGGAGUGGGAGAAUAAUUGUCAGGGUAAGAGUGAGGAUGAAAUUCUGUCGUUUUGGGCUAUGAGGAAUGAUAUUAGACGGGAGAAUAAGCUGCCGGGGUUUUUUGACAGGGAGGUUUAUGAUAUUUUGGAGACUUAUGUUGGGGGAGGGGGAGGGGAUGGUAGUAGACGGGAAAUUAAGGUGGUUGAGGCUGAGGUGAGAGGGGAGGCUGAAGCUGAGGUUGAGGCUGAGGCAGAGGCAGAGGCUGAGGCUGAGAUUGAGGUUGAGGCUAUUUUUGAUAGCGGCCGGCCUUGUGGAGGGGAGGAAGGAGGAUUGUUUAGUUCUGAUUUCGAGCACUCAGCUGAGGAGGUAGAUGUGCAUGUGGAAUUGGGAAGGAGUCCUGUGAAGGAGGUUGUGCUUGAGAGCCCCACCACCACCGCUGCCACGCCGCCUCCUCCUCCGCCUCCUAGGCAUGGUGCCAAGACUGAAAAUGUGCCAAUUCCAAUUGCUGAGAAAGGAUCUGCCUCUUGUGCAUCUGGCCAAAAGAGGAAACGAUCUUCAUCUGAAGGUGAAAGCGACAGUGACCUGAGGGAUCAGUUGCUUUCUGUUUUAGAAAGAAACAGCAGGGUAUUGACUGCACAUGUGGAAGCACAGAAUAUGAAUUGUCAACUGGACAGAAAUCAAAGAAAGGACCAUGCAGAUAGUUUGAUAGGAGUUUUGGGAAAGCUUGCUGACGCUUUGGGAAGAAUAGCUGACAAGUUAUAGUAAUUUUCUAUUGUAGUUCAGACUAUGCAAAACAUAUCAUCAUCAGGUUUGCCUUUAUUUUGAGUAGAAGCAAGGGUCUUUACAUUUUAUAUAAUGGGUUAGUGGAAUAAAUUCCUUACAGCAUUUUUUCAAUGUAAUUCAACAUAAUAAAUAUUAAGGAUACCAGUGACCCUUAGAUUGAGAAUGCAUUGUACAGCUUCCAUGUUGGAUUGAUCUCGAUUCGGGCAUGUUUUCAUCCUUUUUAUUGGAUUGAAAUUAUUUCUCCCCUAUCCUGAAAUUUGUACAGUUCUAAAUUCUUACAAUCGAGGGGAGCAUAGAUCUGGUUGGCAGAUGCUGCUCAAGAGUAAUUUGCACAGGACAAUACAAAAAUAAUUAUAUGGGUCUGUACAGAUUAAAUUUAGGAUCAGUUCGAUAUUUUAGUUAGGAUAUAAUAGCUCUUUUAAGGCAGCGAAAUGAUAUUUUUUUAGAGCACAAAUGAUUUUGUGGGUUAUGUAAUAUAUCAAGCAAUGGAAUAUUUAACAUCAUUUUUAUGCCAUUAUAUGCAGAAUGGUUGUAAACUUGUGUAUGCAUAUGUACAAGAGUGUUUACAAAUUCUUGAACAUU